GUAGAUCUUUCCGCUAACUUUGCAAAAACCCUUACUCUCUCCUGAUCUGGGUCGUUUUAACGUGUUUACAAUAAAUAUCCGCAUAUAGGUGCACAACAAAUUCAGUGCCGGCUGAUUUGACGACAGAGAUCCGAGUGUCUGCUGAGUUGACCGCAGUGUUUGAACGUGUUUACCAUGAAUGUCAGUAUAUAGGUGCACAACAAUUUCAGUGCCGGCUGAUUUGACCACCGAGUGUGCUGAGUUGACCGCAGUUUUAGUUUUAGUCAUGUUCCCAGCGUACUCUCUGGCCAUGAAAGCAGAGCGCAGACGGAAUAAGGAGCGUCUAGAGGACAGCUUGGUCGGCUUGUGUGAGCUGGAGCUGCUCAAACAGAGGCAACAAUGCCGGGUGCUGAGCGCUCUGUGCCUCGAGGAUUCUCCGGUUCCCGGCCGUCCGCCUUUGGGAGCUCUACCGUCGGCACGUUGCGCCGUGGACGCACCAAACGCUAACGCGUCGGAUGGCUCUCGCCGCAGGCUACAAAAUAGCCGUCUCCACUGUAUGCCCUGUGGUAUGAAGGCAUCUUUGGAACAGCAAGUGGCAGAGCUUAAGGUGAACACUAAGGUUCAAUCAACAGAUUCCCCAACUGACUGCCAACUAAUUUCAGUAUCUGAUGAGACAGGAGAGACAGAGACAGGAGAAACGGACCUAACAAGAUGGGCCACGAUUACUGGUGCUUUGGGCGAGAUGAGGGAUGUUGACCCCAAUCAGGAGGAUUUUCAACAAGCUCACAAUGUUAAGACUUAUUUAUAUAGAUUGAUCCAAUGCCAAGCUCUACCCCCACACUCCUCAAAGCUCCGUACCAGCCUGGCACAUGAUGUCCGAGUUGUCAAUGUGGUGAGGCAGAGUAGUAUAUGUCGCAUGGAGAAGCAACAUUCACCAAAGCAGUUGUCUGUUCAAGGUUCCAUGAUUAACACCUUCUGCUCAACAUUGCUAGAAUAUCCAUCUUGCAGAGUUUUGCAAGCUCACCCAGACUCAGGUAAUGGCGAACUUAUUUCACCUCAACAUUUCCACAACUACCCUUCCCCUCACCAACCACUUUUACCUGAAGAGCAGCUGGUCAAAGCAGAGUAUAUUCCAGCCCAUCCUUGCCGAGCCUUCACCAGAGCUUAUACCCAUCACAACUCUAACCCCUACAAGGGUACUGGGGUGUCCAACCAAACCACAUAUUCUCCAGAAAGAAAUCAACAAGAGCAUCAUCCGCCCGCAGCAUCUCAGAUCCAACCUUCCAGAUCCCGAGGGGGGCCAAAUAAGUGUCACUUGAAUGAAGACAGAAAUGGUGCCAGCAGUAAGCCGGGAAAGAAGGCAUGUAUGUCUCAGUCAGAGAAUAGCCUGCAAAGGGUUCCAGAUCGCAAGUGCAAUACAGUAGAGAGGGGUGGUGGAGGAAGUAGAAGCCGUAGUAGUCAAUGCAGAAGCAAGAAACAACAGCAAGGAGGUGGGAGCUGUCGACGCUGUCAGUCCACCCUGGAGCUCAGCCAAGAUGAGACUGACCAGCCAUCCAUGCAGGCACCCAUGCGAGGCUCUUCAGCUUCAAACCAAAGGGGCCAAUGUACAAGGCGCACAAGCAAAUCUCGCCCUAUACAUGCCUACCCACACCAUCACCACUCCCACCAUCAUCAGCACAUGGAGUACCAGUUAGAGAGGGUACAAGUGCCACUGUGUCAGCCUAGUGAGGAAUACCCUAACCUACGUCAGGGUGAGUCUGAGUCAAGCAUGAGCGAAGCUGACUCUCCAGAGUCCAGCUCUUUGUCCAGUGAUUCAGAUGAGAGUGGUGGUCUUGUUUGGCCCCAACAACUACCCCCUCAACUAUCCCUCCCUUCACCUUCUGCCCCACCUCUGCAGCCCAAGGCUUUUGUCAAGAUUAAGGCUUCCCAUGCUCUUAAGAAGAAGAUCCUGCGCUUCCGCACUGGUUCACUUAAAGUAAUGACUACUGUAUAAAGUGGAAUACUGGCAAAACUAAAAUAGACAGCAGAUCUUUGGACUACUUAGAACAAUAGACCACAAACAACAGUGAAUAUAAAAAACAAUGUGUAUAUGAAAGUUCUAAUUUCUUGGUUGAAAGAAUUUAUUGGACGGCUUUAAAUAAGUCUUUAUAAAUAUUAAAGGAAAUGGGCAUCAUAUCAGCAGUUUUUUCGAAAAUGGGAUGUAAAAAUGUGUAUGAAGUUUUACAUUGUGUAUGAGGUACUCUUAUCCUAAACUUGUGUGGCUUGUUCAUAUGAGUGUCAGAUUCAUCAAACUGCUUUGCCGCACCAAUUAAUUAGUUUCCACCUGAUUUAUGCUAGCUGUUCAUGGGUAGCUGUGCAUUUGUGAGAUUUUAUUAUUUGUAUAACAAAUACAUUUCUAUGUACAGAUUCUUUAAAUGCAUUAUUCUGUUUUUGUUGCUAGGUUGUCAGUCUCCAUUUAACAUUCUGGUUUCUAUCUUGUUUUAAGGUAAUUCUCUUAACAGAUACAAAUGUGUACACUAUAAAAGUAUUGUUUGAAAUAUAAAAUGCUGACGUACUACAGUUUGAUUAUUUUGAUGUGAAGGAGUGGAUUGUUAACAGUACUUGCAAGACAUUUAGUCUGGAAUUUGUGGAUGAGAUAGUAUUAUUGUUGAAAGAACUGACUUUCAACCCGCUUCUAGCAGUAGGCACAAACCAGCAUCAAGAAUAUUCUUAUUUUUAAUCUUUUUUUAAGUUUUUGAGAGAUCAAAUAUCUCACUCACAGAGUUAAGUAUUCUUGAAAUACUUUAAUGUUAAUAGUAGGCUACUUGCAGGCUAAUAAAAACAUGCCUGCCCAAAGCAACAUUAUCACAAACAUACAAUAUCACUUGAAUAUCUAUUAAAGUAAAUACUUAUCAAGUAUCAAUUAAAGUACACUAGCCAACUAACUAUUAGCUUCUUUUUGUAUGAAAUGUGUUUGACAAAAUGUAUUAAAUACAAUAAAAGUGUUUGUUUUAGAAAAUACC